AUGGCCCCAUCGCCUUGCUUUACGAUGAAUCCAGCACAGGACUCGCUGUCCCAAGACGCCAAAGUGCUUCAUCCAAAGGAGGAGACAGACACCGAGGCUCACGAGGACGUGAAGACUACGGAGAAAGAACACGAUCACCAUAGGCGCUUCCUCCCGUUCAGCGUCGAGUCUUUGAUUUCCAAGAAGAGCACCUGUCGGACUUCUUUCCCUGCGUGCGACUCGGCUGUGCUUGUGCAUAAUCCCGUGGCGGGGAAGAGCGCGCACUUCUCACCGAGGACUUUUUACGCAGAGGCCGUUUGCAGCAGCAGCAGCAGCAGCAGCAGCUCCGCGGAGGACAGCAGUCCGAACUUCGGCGAUAAAGAGCAGAGCACUUGGUUCCAGACGAACUCCUUCUCUACUAACUCUCGUAGCUCAAGUCCAACUCAGUGUACUUUACGGAAACACAAAAACAACAGGAAACCUCGCACGCCCUUCACUACCUCUCAGCUGCUGGCCCUGGAGCGCAAGUUCCGUCAGAAGCAGUACCUCUCCAUCGCCGAGAGAGCCGAGUUCUCCAGCUCCCUCAACUUGACGGAGACCCAGGUGAAGAUCUGGUUCCAGAACCGCAGAGCCAAGGCCAAGAGACUUCAGGAAGCCGAGCUGGAAAAGUUUAAACUGGCCUCCAAGCCCGUCCUGUCCGCCUUUGCCUUGCCUUUCCCCCUCAAUGCGCACAUGCAGGGCUCUCCAGCAUGGGCGCCCUCGAACCCCUUUCCCAGGCCCAGUCUACCGGUCCCGGGACUCUUUGGUGGACCUGUCACUUACGGGAUGUACUAUUUGUCUUAGUAUUGCUGUGUGCAUUCACGAGAAAUUCAUGUUUUCUGAACAUGGUUGAAAAACACUUAAAGGCACAAUAGGUGUUUUCCAAAUUGGAAAAUACUUAUUAUUUUUAUACUUCGAAAUUUUGAUAA